AAAAAGAGAGAGCAUCAUAUCAUCUAGAUCUAGAAGGCUACAACUGAAAACUAGAAAUAGCAUCCAUUCUCAUUCUCUCAUACUCAUCUCUCUGUUGUUCUCCCCUGCAAACAAGUUUUACAGAAAAGAGUGUGUGUGUGUUUUUUUUCCUAUUCUUGGUUGUGGUGGUAAAGAAAUAUGAGCAAAUUGUUCUAAAAAUAGAAGGAAAAAGAAUAAUGAAGGUGAGGCAUAUAGUAUUGGGUUUACUCUCGAUUUCCGUCAUUGCUCCCAUCUUUCUUUACACUGAUAGGGUCGGCUCCUUCGUCAAUCCCUCUUCUUCAAGACGCGAUUUUCUUGAUGAUGUUUCAGCUUUUACGGUGUCUGGCGAUACUAGACAUCUCAAUGUUCUUCACCAGGAAACUUCCACCGCCUUGAAAGAACCCAUUGGUGUCGUAUAUUCUGACCACUCUACAGUGACGAGGGAGCAUAAAUCAGCACGAGUGCUUUCUGCUACCGAUGAAGAACGUCAACAACAGCAAUUAUCUAACCCCAUUAGGCAGGUCAUCGAUCGAGCACCCCCCGGUCUCACCACUGCCCUGGAUUCCCAUCCUAAUGCCUCUGACAUCUCGGCUAUUGAGCUUGAGCAGCAACCAACUCAGCCCUCUGGCAAAAUUGUUCAGGAGCAUUCAGAUAACAAACAUGACAGAUUGACUGAACCAGCAGAUGCUCAGGUCCGUCACCUCAAAGAUCAGCUCAUCCGUGCAAAACUAUACCUGUCCCUUUCUGCUAUCAAAAACAACCCACAUGUUACAAGGGAGCUUCGACUGCGGGUUAAGGAAGUUACACGUGCUCUUGGUGAUGCAACCAAGGAUUCAGAUCUGCCAAAAAAUGCUGUUGAUAAGUUGAAAGCGAUGGAUCAAUCGUUAGAAAAAGGGAAGCAGAUUCAAGAUGACUGCGCUGCUGUGGUAAAGAAGCUACGGGCUAUGCUUCACUCAUCUGAAGAGCAACUACGAGUGCACAAAAAGCAGACCAUGUUUUUGACACAAUUAACUGCAAAAACGCUUCCCAAGGGUCUUCAUUGCCUGCCUUUGCGUCUUACUACUGAGUAUUAUACCUUGAAUUCUUCUCAACAAAACUUUCCAAAUCAGCAGAAAUUAGAAGACCCCCGCCUGUAUCAUUAUGCUCUUUUCUCAGAUAACAUAUUAGCAGCAGCAGUUGUCGUAAACUCAACUAUCUCACAUGCUAAGCACCCUUCGGAUCAUGUUUUCCACAUUGUUACUGAUAAGCUUAAUUAUGCGGCAAUGAGAAUGUGGUUCCUAAGUAAUCCACCAGGGAAAGCCACUAUACAGGUCCAGAACAUUGAAGAAUUUACAUGGUUAAACUCAAGCUACAGUCCAGUUCUUAAGCAGUUAGGUUCUCCUUCCAUGAUUGAUUAUUACUUCAGGGCACAUCGGGCUAGUUCUGAUUCAAAUCUGAAGUUCCGGAACCCAAAGUAUUUGUCCAUACUGAACCAUCUUCGGUUUUAUCUACCAGAGAUCUUCCCAAAACUAAAUAAAGUGCUGUUCCUAGAUGAUGAUAUAGUAGUCCAGAAGGACCUUACUGGCCUUUGGUCCCUUGAUUUGAAGGGAAACGUCAAUGGUGCUGUUGAAACUUGUGGGGAAAGCUUCCAUCGGUUUGAUCGGUAUCUCAACUUCUCAAAUCCCCUGAUCUCAAAGAACUUUGACCCACAUGCUUGUGGAUGGGCAUAUGGAAUGAAUAUUUUUGAUUUGGCGGAAUGGAGGCGGCAAAGCAUCACGGAGGUAUACCACAGAUGGCAGAGGCUGAAUCGUGACAGGCAAUUGUGGAAGUUGGGAACCCUGCCUCCUGGUCUCAUAACAUUUUGGAAACGCACAUAUUCCCUUGACAAAUCUUGGCAUGUGCUGGGGCUUGGCUACAAUCCUAAUGUAAACCAGAGGGAGAUUGACCGGGCUGCUGUCAUACACUAUAAUGGCAACUUGAAACCAUGGCUGGAGAUAGGUAUACCCAAGUAUAAAAUCUAUUGGGCCAAGUAUGUAGAUUAUGAGACAGUGUAUUUGCGAGAGUGCAACAUCAAUCCGUAGAAAGCCUUGAUGGGAUAUUAAAGUGUGGUGGUGAGCCAUGGUUUACCCGUGCAUUUUGACAUCAAUUUGUAGUUAUUUCGUUAAGAGGUGGCGGGUUGAAAUUCAUCAUGCCUUGUAUACAUUGUCAAUUUUGUUUUUGAUUUUUUGGCUCGUACCGCAAUGUGUGGAAUUGACGUUGAUGCGACUAUUUUUUAGCUAUUUAAGCAGAAGUGCAGCCGUAUUUGUUUGUA